UUAAGUUUCUAAAGUUAAGAGGCAAAUAAGUUUCUAAAGUUGAGAGGCGGUUGGCCUGUUGCAGACGGCAAACACAUUCACAUCGCAGUAAUCGAAGCUUUUGAUUUGAUUUCCAUAGAUAACAAAAACAAGAAGAAGAAGAUGAAGAGAGUUUUCGGCCUCAAGAAAGAGAAAGAACCUCCUCCCUCCAUUAACGACGCCUCCGAUAGGAUUAAUCAAAGAGGAGAAAAUGUGGAUCAGAAGAUCAAGAGUUUAGAUGCUGAAUUGAGUAGAUACAAGGAACAGAUUAAGAAAACACGCCCUGGUCCUGCCCAAGAGGCGGUCAAAGCUCGAGCUAUGAGGGUUCUUAAGCAGAAACGAAUGUAUGAACAACAACGUGACAUGCUGUACAAUCAGACCUUUAACCUUGAUCAAGUUGCAUUUGCUUCUGAGGGUAUUAAAGAUGCUCAGCAAACUAUUUCAGCUUUGAAAAGUGCCAACAAGGAGUUGAAAGGAAUGAUGAAAACUGUGAAGAUUCAAGACAUAGAUAACUUGCAAGAUGAGAUGAUGGACCUGAUGGAUGUGAGUAACGAAAUUCAAGAGACCCUUGGUAGAAGCUAUAAUGUGCCGGAUGAUAUUGAUGAGGAAGAACUCAUGGGUGAACUUGAUGCUUUGGAAGCAGACAUGGGAACGGAAGAUGAAGCUGGAGUGCCCUCUUAUCUCCAACCUGACAAGGAACCUGAUUUGGAUGCGGAGCUGAACUUGCCUUCAGCACCUACUGGACAUGCUGCACCUGGCAGAUCCAAUGCACAUGCUGAAGAUGAACUGGGUUUACCUGCUGUUCCUCAUGCUUCCAUCCGUGGUUAGGAUUUUGCUUUCUAUCUUUUUGCACAUAUUCACAUUGGGCGGUUUGGACUGGUCUCUGUAAACAGAUUAUGCAGAUUCUUCUUUGAUGCUGUGAUUUAAUUGCAACUAGAUGGUUGACAUUCAUCCACUGAUAGUUCGAUUUUAUAAGCACUUCUACAUGCUCUGUAAAGAAGGAAAGGAACAAAAAAAUCAAAUUGAUUUACUGUAUGUUAAAUGGGAGGCAAGGCUUGCUGCACAAUCUUUAUUUUCUGUCACAUGGUGUUGCUUUGUGCUGUCUAUGUGCAAGUUUUCUCUUCUUUCAGUUUUUAGUUUCUGUUCGCUGGUGGGGGGAACCAGUCCAGGAUGGAAUUGUCAAUCAUGUUUUAUUUAUGUACAAAUUUGUUUGUGAGAAGUAAAUUAUAUAUUGAAUUAUAAGUUUCUUUGU